AUGACGUUGGUGGCGUACCUGAGCCCGAGUGCGCAGGCGGUUGGUGCCAUGCCGCCUCGCGCAAGGAUUCCCCGCUACUCGAGCCCGAUGAGCUUCCUGGGCCGCGUGCCCUACUCGCUGGCCCUGCUGGCCACCGCCGUCGGACUGGUCCUCCUCCUGGGCGGGGCCGCCGCCAACAGAGCGGUCCACGCGCGGUUCCUCGCCCAUCGGGAAGACGCGGCUUCGGUCAAUUUCGCUCUCAACUUCACCCAGAAGGUGGAUCAUUUCGACAGCCUCAACCAUGACACCUUCCACCAGCGCUACUGGGAAAACCAGCGCUGGUGGAAGGUACCCACCCAGGCCAAGGCCCGCCCCCUGGCCUUCCUGCGUAUCAACUCAUUCCAUUGGGACGGGGAUUGGAACACCUCGACCAUUGCCACCUGGGCCAAGGAACUCGGAGCGAUCGUGUUCGACCUGGAGCCCAGGUACGCGGGCGAGAGCUACCCCGUGCCCGACGUAUCGACCCGCGACCUCCGCUACUACUCCAUCGAACAAAAUGUGGCCGAUGUGGUGAACUUCAUCCAGGACAAGUCCACGCUCCUUCCCAACAACACGCGUUGGAUCGUGAUGGGCGACUUGUUUGACGGCGCGUUCGCGACCUGGGUGCGCGCCAAGCCCCGCGUGGCGUUCGGCGUGGUGGCCACCUCGCCCCACCUGCUCGCCGUGGAGGGCUACACGGGCUACGACCUCGCCUACCAGGCCUCCAUCGGUAGGACCUGCUCGCGCAUCGUUCACGACCUUCUGGGCACGGUCUCGUUCACGCUCAACUCGUCGGCCGAGGCAAGAGCGGCCUACCAGGUGCAGUGCGGCGUCGACGAGGCCGAACUGCUGCCCAACGCCGAGUUCAUGUAUGUGGUGUCGACCAUCCUCAUGGGCGCCAUGGGCUACGACUCGAUCAACAUGUGCAAAACAUUCUCGGACGUGCGGAACAGCGACAACGCCACCAGGCUUGAGGCACUCGCCAACUACAUCGGCAACUAUAACGACCAGAACUAUAUGAUGUUCAAGCAGUGGGACUUUGCCCUCGACACGGGCGGCAACAUGACCGACUACGGCGCCGGCUACAGGCCCACCUACUACCUCAAGUGCACCCAGCUCGGCCAGUUCGAGGUGUCAUCAGGCUCGCCCUACAGUCUGGUGCCGGCCGAGGUCAACGUCGAUUGGUACCUCUCCGUGUGCCAGAAGCUCUUCAACAAUCUCACCACUGCCCGACCCAACACCGACGACGUCAACACCAACUUUGGUGGUGGAGUGCCGACGGGUUGUAACAUGGCGUUCGUUCAAUCGGCCAACGACCCCUACUCCAGUCUCGGUCCCAACGCCGCGGCCCUGGCCGAGGACUACGCCACGACGGGCAACAAGAUCAUCGAGAUUGACUGCGAGUCGACGUCUAUCGGCCUCUCGCUGUUCUCCACGCCUACAUCUGCCGACGUUGCUUGUCUCGUCACAGCGCGUAGCCAAGUCCUCAAGACGCUCAAGGUCUGGCAAGCCCAAGAGGACACUUGUCCGAUGUCGACGACGGUGGUGGAUGGUGGGAGCUCGGGGCACGAUGACGGCGACAUGGCGCUGGUGGGCGUCUUCUCGGCCGCGGGCGGAGUCAUCCUGGGCCUCGUCGUGGCCGUGGUGCUGUUCCUCUACUUCGGUCGUCGCGUCAUCCAGAGGUGGAAGACCUCCUUCUUCAGCAAGAUCAACUGA